UUUCAGGAAAAGGCAAAAAGGACACAUUUUUAUCACAUACACAGUACCCACUCCAACCCUCCAGCCAAAAACACCAACUACCCUCAAACUCCAUAAAUUCAGAAACCUUCUCAACCAGAGACAAAAGAAGAAACAAAAUUUUGAGCAAUGGCUGCCCAAGAACACCACCACCAACAAAAACAACAACAACAACAAGAAAUCUGUCAAACCAAAAACCAAGAAGACCACCAUUUCACCGAGCUCCUCUCCACCUAUUUAGGCCUCAGCUUCACAAUUUUUCUGGGCUCGUUGCCCAAGAACUCAAUCCCAUUAAUCUCCACAUACCAAACCCAGAACAAAGCUCUCUCCUUUAAGCUAACGCAAGCGGAGGAGCAGCUGAAGCAGUUCCACACGCGCAGGAAAGAGGAUUCCAAGGCAAACGCCAGAGUUGUCGAGAUUUUCGCCAGCCACAGACACGCCUGGCAGCAGGAAGAGAAGAGGCUGCUGCAGCAGAUCGACGAGUGCAGCGAGGAAAUCGCCUUCUUGAAGAGUAAAGUUGAGGACUUUGAGGGAGUGGAGACUGAGUUCAAGGCCAGCAUUGAGGAUUUGAAGAGGGAGGUUAGUGAGAGAGAGGAGAUGCUGAGCUUCAUGAGCAGGAGUAACUGUGAGAGCUAUGGUGACAUGGGGCUGAGCUAUGCUGCUUCCAAAGCUGGGGUUUCGGAGGGGGUGGAGGAGGACUGCUUCGAUGGAGAUGGGGUGGAUGAGAUGAGGUCUGUUUAUGGGCAGAGUCAUGGUGGGUUUACCUCAGAUUUCUUGAAUUCUGCUGCCUCCAAAUUUUGGUCUGAUAAAGCUAGCCAAUGGCAGGAUAUGCAGCAGUACGAAUCAGCCGAGUCAGUUUACCAUGUGAAGCAUUUCGUUUCUAGGAGGGAGUCCCCUUGGAAGGUAGACGGCGAUUCCAGUGGAGUCUCGUCUAAAUUAAGGCUUCUUGAGCAAGAACUGCUGAAUUUAGAACGAGUUUGUAGGGCAGAUUUUUCGAAGGCACCAUCACCGAUGCGAAAGCAGGCCAAGAGGUACCAAGCAUUAGCAGGAAAGAUCGACGAUCUUUGCAGGAGAAUGCAAGCUAGUGAUCCAUGUGAAGCCACUCUGAGCUCAGAGUUUCGGAUCCAAAGGCAAACCGAGUUCUUGCUAGAGGCGUUUCGUCUGCAGCAACGAGCCUCUGAAACCAGCCAGAAACUCACAGCACUACAAACUGAGAGAGGAAAGAGCUACCACGGAGGAGGAGGAGGGGAGGUCGAAGGGGCAGCUAACGUAGCCACUAGGCGAGCUCUGGACUCCAUCAGAAACAAUUUCAAAGAGAUCCAAAGGAAUCUUGAGAUAUGGCUAGCAAGAAUCAUCGGAGAUCUCGAGGGACUGAUGUCUAGAGAUGGCGCCUAUCGUGCACAAGAAUACUACGCCUCUAGGUACCCUUUUGUUCAUCACGAGGCAGCCCGACCGCAGACCGGUAUGGAUUUUUUGUAGUUUUGAACUGUAAAUUAAUUAAUAUCACCAGUUCAGAUGGGGUUCAAGAUUCAAACUUUACAAACAGAUUUAGGAAUAUAUCAUAUGAUAACAUGCUGCCAGCUUUUUGAUAACAUUGCAUUUUUCCUUACAAAAAUGAGAUUUUCCCUCUUUAAAAGAAAACAGAAUCUUGUCAUCAAUCUGGCAUCUGAUCUGAAGAGGAUAUAUGACAAAAUUUAGGCAUUAUGGUCUGUGUUUUUUUCUAAUUGCGUUGGAAUCUUGUGAAAGAUGGAGAAUGAAGACAGAGGCACAGAGCUGGUAUGCAUAAAGGAGAGAAAGCAUGUGCAUGAAAAGGAAGAACGAAAGCUUGCGUGAGAUGUGAAAUAUGCUGAGUCAGCGUCGUGUUGGCAGUGACUAGGCGCUUAGUCAUCAUAUAGUUAGUUAAGAAGUUUGUUACGAAGUUAGUUAGGAGUUAGUUGUUUCUCUAAAAUAUCUAGCUUUGUGUAUAAAUAGUGAGCUAGUUUUUUCAUUGUAACUUGAUUGAUUCAUAAAUGAAGAUAUGUUUCUUCUCUCUCAA